AUGGCCGACCCUUAUGGCAGGUCUUUGCAGGAUAUCCUGGGAGUAGGAGCUUCUUCCAGCUCAAGACCAGCAGACGGAGCUUCGCCGCCGGGUGAUGUCACGACGGCUUCCGAGAGCGAGAACAUGGAUUACGAAGCUACAUCUGACGAUGCAAGUGUAGACAUUAACGAUCCCGAAUAUCUCGAGGCAAUACUUCGAGGUGCCCACCAGGACUACGAGGAAGACAAUGAUGAUAACGAUGAGGACGAAGAAGAAGACGAAGAUGGACCGUAUGGUGAGCUACAAGUCGAAAUCGAAGAAGAAGACGACGACCAGGAUGCAACGCAAUCCGAGGCCGAACGCAGUGAGCCGCCCUACAUCUUAACAUUUAUCCUGACGGUCUUGCUUAUAUUCCGAAUCGCAGCCGCUCGACAACGAAGACAGGUGAUCCGGUUGCUGGCAACCUCGGAGCUGGGGCGCUUGUUCCGCUUUGCACAGGAUGACGAGGAAUUUGAUAUCGACGAUGACGCUGGAGAUUAUGGUCCUAUGUGGAGGCGCAGGAGAAGGAGGCCACCGGCAGACCCCACUCGAUUCCCGAAAGUCCCAAGUGAUGAGGGAACCGAGCUUAUGAACUCCGGAACCUUUGGUUCCAACGAAGAAGAAUCGGUUAAUUUGAGUGAGAGGGGCAGUAUUGGAAAGAAAAGGAAGCUUGCUAGACGCAUACUGGAUAGAGAGCUGGCAACCGACAGCCAUGCGAAGCAAAGGCUCAACCAGAGGCUGAUGGCUCAAGGCAUGAUACCAGCUUCAAAUCCGGACAUGGUCAUCCACUACAACCAGCCUGUUUACUCGGGUCAGUUUUCGGACGAUGGAAACUUUUUUUACUCCGUAAAUAAGGAUUAUAAAGUCCGAAUGUAUGACACCUCGAACCCAUACAAAUGGAGAUACUACAAAACUGUCGAGUAUCCUUUUGGCCAAUGGACCCUCACGGAUGCUUCGUUAAGUCCCGACAACAAAUACCUCGCAUACACGUCUAUUCGAAGUACCGUCUGUCUCGCACCUACGGACCCAAAUGACCAAGGUGAUCCUUAUUCAUUGGACCUUGCAGAUACGGGGAGACAGCACUCAGACAUGUACCAUGCAAGAUUUGGAGGCUCCUUUGGUAUCUGGUCCAUCCGUUUCUCUGGGGAUGGCCGAGAAUUGGUGGCUGGUGCUUCUGGUGGAGCAAUCGUGGUGUACGAUAUUGAGUCUCGCCGCACGACCCAGAAAAUCAACGGACAUGACGAUGAUGUCAACGCUGUCUGCUUCGCCGACAAGUCCUCGCCUCACAUUCUGUAUUCUGGAUCAGAUGAUACGACUCUCAAAGUCUGGGAUACUCGUAGCAUGGGUGAUAGCCGAGCUGCGGGAGCUUUCGUUGGCCACAUUGAAGGGUUGACAUAUAUUGACAGCAAGGGAGACGGCCGCUACAUUCUAAGUAACGGUAAAGAGCAAAGUAUGAAGUUAUGGGAUCUCCGUAUGGUCAUGUCUCCCAGUGACUUUACUUCUCUCGGACCAUCCAGGCGAACCAAUGAACCCCGCUUCGACUAUCGCUGGGGAUCAUACGACGAGGAUGACUGGUACAAAGACCCCAAUGACAACUCCCUCGUAACUUUCAGGGGUCAUCGUGUUCUACAUACCUUGAUUAGAUGCCAUUUCUCGCCCCCUGAUAGCACCAAUUCCAGAUACGUGUAUUCUGGAAGUGGAGAUGGAAAGGUUUAUAUUUGGAACAUGGACGCAACAAUUGCUGGAAUAGUAGAUGUACAAGGUGCAACUAAAAACACGAGGCCUCCUCACAAUGAGUAUGGUGCUAUGGCUUGGGAUGGCAUUGAAGACAACUCCCAAAGGAGAACCUGUGUCAGAGAUGCCUCCUGGCACCCUAAUGCUCCGAUGAUCGUUGCUUCCGCUUGGAGAGGAGACGGGAGGGACACUGGCACUUGCUCGGUGCACUCUUGGAAUGAUGGAGCGGAAGAAGAUGAGGCAGAGCCAAAGAUGGGGCUGCGCGUCAAUCAGAAACUGGAAGUUGACCCAGCUCUGUACCCUGGCCAGCAUGAGAGGCGUUAUGGCCUUAGACAUCGGAAUUAG